ACCAUUUGUAUUAUAUAUAUAUAUUUGGGCUUUUCAUUUUGAAAUCGUUCGACUACUAUUACCUACAUGUAUCGUAACUAUGGUAAUUGAAAUAUAAAUGAUAAACCAUCAUGCAUUCACCAGUUAUAAGUAUAAAUUAUUAUUAUUAUUUUAUUUCUACAAUAUAUUUCAGAAAUGUUACGGAUUCAAUUUGAAGUCUUGAAUUCAAGCAUAAAAAAAUAUGUGUUCGUGAAUUUAGCCAUAUGUAUUGUGUUGACGUAUUUCAAUAUGAUGAAUUCAAUAAACUACAUCGCAAUCGCAAUUAUCGUCGGUGCUAUGUUGAAGGGCAACACCAAUCGUGCGAUGCCUUACUCACUGUUCCUAACGGCAAUUGGAUGCGUGUUUGACAUUUUUUCUGUUCUUUUCCGCUCCACUAAUUAUGAUAGUUCGAGUUGGGCCUAUGUCAAAUUCUUCCAUUAUAUUAUGUGCAUUUUCAUUUUCCUGUACGUAAUCUUCUACAUAUUGAUGCUAUAUUGUUAUUGGCUGCAUUCCAUGGCUGUGGCUCAAAAACAACAAAUAAGACUUCAAUUGGGCUUAUAUGACGAUAACAAGAAAUAGAAUCGCGCUGUUCAGAAAUAUCUACUAUAGAUUAAAUUAAAUUGUAUUUAUUAAUUCGUGUAGCAUGUAAUUAUGAUUAGUAUUUACAUAAAAUAAUAAUAGUUAGUAAAUAAUUGGUAAUAAUACAAAUCAAAAAAGGUGGGCAUUGACUGGACAAGUGAGUAUCACUGUGCUGUAUAGUACCCAAUAGGUGUAGCAUUAUCCACCGGAAUGGAUGGGUUCAAUUUGAAUUCAAUGAAUUCAAAGGUAUAUUAUUGUAUUCAAAAACGAUUCUGAGCGAAUACGGUCCUGUUGGCCUAUAUUGCUAAAUAUAUUAUUCGAUGUAUUUA